AUGGCUCACACAAUCGCACACGCUACUCUCGGUCUCACUAACCCUAACUCCAUCGAUCAUCCUAAGAUCUCAUUCGCUGCGAAGGAGAUUGAUGUGACGGAAUGGAAAGGUGACAUACUUGCGGUUGGAGUGACGGAGAAAGACAUGGCUAAGGACGUGAAUUCCAAGUUUGAGAACCCGAUACUGAAGAAGCUCGAUGCUCAUUUGGGUGGACUUCUAGCCGAUGUCUCCUCUGAGGAAGAUUUUUCAGGGAAACCAGGCCAGUCAACAGUUCUCAGGCUUCCGGGUCUCGGGUCAAAGCGGGUCGGGUUGAUUGGUCUUGGAAAAUCUGCUUCUUCUCCUUCGGCUUUUCUAAGUCUCGGCGAGGCUGUUGCUGCAGCUGCAAAAGCUUCUCAAGCUAGCAGCGUUGCAGUUGUUCUCGCUUCUUCAGAGAGCUCUUCUAAUGAAUCCAAGCUCAGUUCUGCUUCAGCUAUAGCUUCAGGCACGGUGCUUGGUUUGUUUGAAGACAGCAGAUAUAAGUCUGAGUCGAAGAAGCCAUCUCUCAAAUCUGUAGAUAUCAUUGGCUUUGGCUCUGGACCUGAACUAGAGAAGAAGCUUAAGUAUGCCGAAGAUGUUUCUUAUGGCGUAAUUUUCGGGAGAGAACUCGUUAAUUCUCCUGCCAACGUUCUCACCCCUGCUGUACUAGCUGAGGAAGCCUCAAACCUGGCUUCCAUGUAUAGCGAUGUCAUGACUGCAAACAUCUUGAACGAGGAGCAAUGCAAAGAGCUGAAAAUGGGUUCGUAUCUCGCUGUAGCUGCUGCUUCAGGUAAUCCACCUCAUUUCAUCCACCUUGUCUACAAACCUUCUAGUGGCACUGUCAAGACCAAGCUUGCUCUUGUUGGGAAAGGAUUGACAUUUGACAGCGGUGGCUACAACAUUAAGACCGGGCCUGGCUGCUCAAUUGAGCUCAUGAAAUUCGAUAUGGGAGGUUCAGCUGCUGUUCUUGGUGCUGCAAAAGCCAUUGGUCAAAUUAAGCCUCCCGGUGUUGAGGUGCACUUCAUUGUCGCAGCCUGUGAGAAUAUGAUAAGUGGUACUGGAAUGAGACCUGGAGAUGUCAUCACAGCCUCAAACGGAAAAACAAUUGAGGUCAACAACACAGAUGCUGAAGGUCGACUAACACUUGCAGAUGCUCUAGUGUAUGCUUGCAAUCAAGGCGUCGAUAAGAUUGUUGACCUUGCAACGUUGACCGGGGCUUGUGUUGUUGCUCUUGGAACAUCAAUGGCAGGCAUAUAUACGCCUAAUGAUGAGCUUGCAAAGGAGGUGAUUGCUGCAUCAGAGAGGAGUGGAGAGAAGCUUUGGAGGAUGCCAAUGGAAGAGAGUUACUGGGAGAUGAUGAAAUCAGGUGUUGCGGAUAUGGUUAACACGGGAGGCCGUGCAGGUGGAUCGAUCACCGCAGCUCUCUUCUUGAAACAGUUUGUGAGCGAGAAAGUUGAGUGGAUGCACAUAGAUAUGGCUGGACCGGUGUGGAAUGAAAAGAAGAAAGCUGCGACUGGGUUUGGAGUUGCGACACUUGUUGAGUGGAAACGAAGGAAGAAUUAUAGGAGAACGAGAGGACAUCGACAGGGCUGGUACUUAGAGAAAGUGGCACACCGCACUGCUAAGAUUUGGACAGAGUAUGAAGAAUGCCGCCAGACAUUUGAACAUCCAGCAUCUGCUCUCGAUGCGAAGUUCACUGAAAAUGAUGAUAUCGGCACUACUUGUCAAAAUGGUGUGCUGGCGACGUCUAUGACAGAACCAGGUAGGAGAAAGCUAGCACCAGAAGGAGUUGAUGCUAUUGUGGUUUGGGAUCGUAUUGAUCUGUUGACCAAGGAGUUUAGGGUGGUUGACUCAAAUAUCAUCAAGAUGUUUGCUCGUAAGCAGGAACUCCUAACUGCUAUUGAGCGUGUUGCUCAAGAGCUAGCUUCGCCUGCCAAGAAACAACCAUCCGCUGCUGUGAAAUCUCAUCCAACUUCUAUGAAGAAAGAAGCUCCUCUAACUACUGUGAAACUCCUCCAACUGCCUUGA